CACACCAGCAUCCACUUGAUUCAGAUAAAAUCAUAAAAUAAUAAUGAUGGGGAUUGGCUCGCACGCACCCACUUCACCAGAGUUCACCUCCAUUCAUCACCGCCGCUUUCAUCCACAAACCACCGUUGAUUCCCCCCAUCUCCGCCUUUAUCCGCUCGGAAUGUCGUCUUCCGAUUCAGAGUCCAACCCUAACCAAAUCAUCGAACACAUCGUGCUUUUUCACCUCAAGCCCGACGCCGACCCCUCCGCCGUCGACGCCAUGAUGAGCAGCCUCAGCGGCCUCAUCUCCCUCGACUCAGUUCUCCACAUCUCCACCGGUCCGGUUUCCGGUCGCCGGUCCAACCCUCUCCCCUUCACCCACAUGCUCCACUCCCGUUACCGGUCCAAAUCCGACCUGACCUCCUACACGGAGCACCCCGCCCACGUCAGCGCCGUUGCUAGCUCCAAACCUAUCGUUGAUGACGUCAUGGCCGUCGAUUGGGUCGACGACUACUUCCCCGGCUCGCCGGCUGUUUCCCCCGGCUCCGCCCUGCGAGUGACGAUUGCGAAAUUGAAGGAGGGCGCGUGGGAUAGCGAAAAAGGCGCGGUGUUAGGGUUGUUGAGGGGGGUUAAGGAGAAGUUUCCUUCGAUUGAGCAGCUGACUGUUGGGGAGAACUUUUCCCCGGGUAGGGCUAAGGGUUUUUCGAUCUGUUCCAUUGCGGUUUUCAAGGGGGAGAAUGAAUUGAAGGAGUUGGAUGCGCAAUCGGAGCUCCUCGAGAUCGAGCAGAAUGAUGUUGUUGAUAGUGUUUUGGUGCUUGAUUACGUUGUUGCAGCACCAGUUCAAACUGCUAGCCUUUAAGCGUGGCUGCCACUGAUUGUGCAGUAAUUUGCAGCUUCUGUGGUUAACGAUGUGAUAUGUUUACAGCAAGGCCCUUGAUUAAAUUCUCUGGAUAGGAAACCAGACAAGAGAAACAAUGUUUCUGAUGGAAUGGAACUUAAAACAAUUGGUAUCCAGUUUCUUGCGGAGAUUCUUCGAGUUUUCUCCGUGCUAAAUGUUGUAUCAUGUAUGAUUGAUUGUUUUUAAGUUCUGUAUGGAUUCUCCAAAUAAGUGUUUGGUUAACCAUUUUCGAA